UCUGUCCUGUGGGAGGAGAGGGCGCAGGUCCGGUUGUUAUGGUGAAGCAUUACCCGCGAGGGCUGGCUGGAGCAGGAGAGACAGAGGACUGCAGCUGAUUCAAUUUCACAGCGGCAGACCUGCACGGGAGCUAACCCUGACAGACAACUCAACAGUGGAUCAUUGGCUGUUACCCACAGUUGACAUGGAUGGGAGGACUGUCAGUUGGUUAAAAACCACAGCUUGGGUGCUUGUGUUUUGGACACCUUUCUCUUGCCUUUUUUCCGUGGCAAGAUAAAAUUUGUUAUCUAAAAGAUGGGAAAGAGACAUUGCAAAGAUUUUAUGUGUUGCUUACCUGGGAAAUCAUGCAGAUAUGUUACCUGAUGAUACAAAAUAAGUUGUUUUGAUUCAUCAUUCAUCAGCCAUUGUUGCUGCUUGCUUGAAUUUUUUUUCAUGAAAGGAUAUUUUAACAGCAUCUGUGAUGACGGCCUGACAGGUGGGCCUCUUUAAGGGGCACAAAGGAGGCAUAUGAGAAAUUUGGAAGCCCUUGAUUUAAUAUCCUCGUGGAUUAAGAUAAACAAACAGGAAUAGAGAAGCAAAGACACCUUGACAGUUCAUAGUGCUGUGGUGGCAUGGCAGCAGAUCACGGCGAACUACUGGCCGAGAUGGACACGGUCGGGCGUCUGAGUGCCACUGAGCGCCUGAAGCAUGCCCAGAAGCGGCGAGCUCAGCAGCUGAAGGCUUGGUUCCAGAUGGAGAAGGAUGCAGCGCGAGGGUCAAGGGCCAAAGCAGAUAAGAAGAAGGCACAGGCCACCAAAGUGACAUUCCCCAAUGCCAUCACCCUGCUAGAUGCAGCCGCCCGCAAUGACCUGGAGGAGGUGAGGGAGCUGCUUAACAGUGGCGUAAGCCCAGAUCUGGUCAACGAGGAUGGACUGACAGCCCUGCAUCAGUGCUGCAUUGAUGACUUUGUGGAGAUAGGGCAAUGCCUGCUGGAUGCUGGUGCCUGUGUGAAUGCCUGUGAUAGUGAGUUAUGGACACCGCUGCAUGCUGCUGCCACCUGUGGACACACUGGUCUGGUGCAGCUCCUGAUUCAGGCUGGGGCUGAUCUGCUGGCUGUCAAUGCAGAUGGCAACAUGCCUUAUGACCUAUGUGAGGACGAGGCCACCCUCGAGCUGCUGGAGAUGGUCAUGGCUGAACAGGGGAUAACUCAGGACCAUAUAGAUGAAUGCAGAGGGGCUAAAGAGAUGGCCAUGCUAGCUGACAUUCGGUCCCUGCUUCAGAGUGGAGCAGACUUAAAUGCUCAGGACAGUAAUGGAGCAACACUGCUCCAUAUAGCAUCUGCUAAUGGCUACAUAUCUGUGGCAGAGCUGUUGCUAGAGAACAGGGCUCAGGUGGAGGUGAAGGACUCUGAUGGCUGGACACCACUACAUGCCGCCUCCUGCUGGGGACAAAUCCAAAUGGUCGAACUGCUAGUAGCCCAUGGAGCCAGCCUAAACACCAAGUCUGUCCUGGAGGAGACACCUCUGGAUGUGUGUAUGGAUGAGGAGGUGAGAGCCAAACUAAUGGACCUAAAGCAAAAACAUGAUGCCAUCAUGAAGAGCCAGGACCGGCAGAAGGGCACACUGCAAAGACGAGCCUCUAGUACUGGCAGCAGAGGUAAGGUGGUGCGUCGUGUCAGUGUGAAUGAGCGUUCCAGUCUGUACCGACGAGAGCACCACAAAGAGGCCAUGGUGUGGCAGGAGCGUGGCAGACAGCCUGAUCCACAGGACGACGAUGAGGACAGAGAAACAGACAAUGAGCUGCAGCAGCAUGCCACCAUGGUUGCUGGUGGUACAGUGACAUCAAAUUUAGAGGAACUGGAGGCUGGGGACAGAAAACAAAUAGUGUCCAGACUAGGAUAUGAAGGGACAUCUGUUUCCCUGGCCGCCUCUGUGCCUGGAGAGCUGUGGAGUGGUGGAGGUCGCAUGGAACGCAGCGCCUCCUACCAGCUAAGCCGUGCAUCGUGUGCUGGCUUAGGGUCUGGGUCUGCAGAGGGAGAGGGGGCAGACAGUAUGACUCGAGAGAAAUCGCACCACACACUGGCGGACCUGAAACGCCAGCGGGCAGCUGCUAAGCUCAAUAAAUACCCUGCACCUCCACCUCCUCCACGCCUGCCCCCACCCUUAGAGGAGGAGCCUUCUGUUGCAGCGGCCAAGCUUACAACCACUCAAGCCCAGUCAGAGCUCCAAUUGACACCCAGUGCAGAGCAGGUGGCCUCCCCAAGCCAAGUGUUUUUCACCCCAGCCAGCGGAGAUCCUCCAUUGCUGAAACUCCGAGCCCCUGAUGAGGACCAGUCUAACAACAAGGAGCCUUGCUGUGGACUCAUGUAGACAGCCUGACACACUCCGACAUAUACACAAACAUACUGCCUACAGAGUAGAGCCGCAAGGCAUGUUACACUCCAAAGUGGCAAAAACAUUUCAAAACAGGCAUGUUUAAAAUUAAUCAUUGAAGACUGCAAGUUAAGGCCACAUGCCAAUGACGGUUUGAUCUACACUGCAUUUCAGAUAACUAAAGUGCAAUCUCUGUGCUUAUUCUCUUUUUGCUUAUCUUGUUUUAAUCAAUAUGAUAUACUUUACACUUUAUACUAAAGGUCCCAUCAUUCCCUGAUGCUCCCUCUCAAGGAGAGGCUGAAUGAUCUGGUGGAUUUAUGUGAGAAUUCAGGUGUUUUUUUUCAGUGAUUUUGAGGAGAAUUGCAAGUCUAAGUGCAAUCAUGAUCAAAGAUCUGCUUUACUCAGUCUUUAUAGUCUUUACGUCACGAUAAAGUAUAGUCAGCGAUUCUAAUCCAAUACACUGUUUGUCAAAUUCAGCAAAAAUAUCUUCACGGUCCACUAGCUGUCUCUUCUGUGCGUACACUGAAAAAAAUCAGUGUACUGUUUGUACACAGUCCUGGUUCUGUAAAUGGGAAACACACAAAGUGGCUGGGACCAAGCCACAAAACACUAUUUCAGCAAAUCAGCUGAAAAUAUUUUACUUAUUAUGACAGACCAAGCGACAUUAUUUCCCUGGGAAUUACACAUGUUCACAUGUGUAACAUUACUUCCCCCACCUAGGUGCUAUUCUGUGGAAUUACACAUAAUAAGAAGAAUAAGAAGAAGAUCUAAAUAAUAUCAGAGGUAUAACCCUGCUAUGUUAUUUUCUUCUUUGUUCUUUUAAAAAUUGCAAUAAACAAUGUUGCUCGAAGUAUCACUGACGGUAGAGUAUAAGUUACUGAUACUGUUGAAGUUACUAACAAUAAUGUUACCAGUACACAAGCUAAGCUACUCCUUGGCUUAGAUUAGUAUUUGGCUUCAACACCUAUUUAAAUAUUGACAGGCCUACAAAAAAACACAUGCCACCUGUAUUUUCAUAGUCAUAAAAAUUGCUUCCCCUUAUUGAUGCAAACUUACCCUCAUUAAGCAAAUGCUCUGGAUUCUGCCAUAUUUCUCUUCUUGGCAAUGCACGUCUAUGAAUUUGGGGGGUGGAGCUUCUGGAGGAGCACUGGAAGGAGGGGUGUUUGGCUUUUGAGUUCAAAUAUCAACAAUCUUUAUCCAGAAUCGCUCCUCCUUUAACUACUGAUGUACAUUAAUUGGAAAGACUUAGAAUCAUGGGGAAAUUGAAUUAUCCACGUAAAUCUGAAUGAAAUUGAAUUUAUUUAUUAAUUGAUUUAUUUUAAAUUAAGAAUAAGUGAAUGAAGUUAAACUUCUGUCUUCUUUACAGAGUGACUGCUAUGAAGGGUACGUUGUCUACAUUUGUGUACAUUAUUAACUAAGACGUUUUUUGUGGUUCUGAGAUUGCUUGGUCAAGAUAGUUUCAGUAUAACAUAUAACUAUUCUGAAUUUACAUUUACACAAGGACUGUUUUCUUGCUUGAUUCUUUUUUUCUUCGACUGAAAAUGUACUGAACAGUUUUCUUUUGUUGCUUUUCCAAUGCACAAAAAAGCCUAAAUUUCAGUGUUUAAUUGUGCAAUUUGUAAAUUAAACAUUUUCUCUCCCUAUUUCUAUUUUUCUACCCUCUGAAUGGAAUCACAAUAUUACAAUUCUAUAAAGAAUAAAAGUGUGAGGGUAAAAUAUUUUUGUGUUAACGGAAAUAAUGAAGAAACCAAACCAAGUAAAUUUGUCAUAUGGUAAUUUAUCACAUGUUGGUGCCUUCUUUAGGUGGCAGAUCUCAUAUAUUGUAGGUUUGCAAUACUUGCAAAAAAGUCCCAUGUGUGAAUUUGGUGAGUGAUGGGAUUAAGUGAUCCAUCAGACAUAGAUUCCACUUUGAUGUACAGUCCAGUUUCUGUAUUGCAUUUCAAUUUUGUUAGUGAUUUUUACUGAGCUCUGUU